UCUCGGAGUUUGACAUUUAACCCUGGACUUUUAUGUCAAGAUCUGUAUAUAUCUGCUUUUCUGACUGCUCUAACUUCGCCCCCUACUCCCGUUUUGGCUGUCUACUUGCCCAAUAACCGUGACUCUUCCUAAGCGCCCGCUCCCGCUCCUCUGCUUAGCCCCUCCUCCGCAUAUAACCCCUUCCACAUCGGUGCCUGUCUAAGACCAAGUGGGAGACAAGUCCAAUUCUGGGUCCAUUGCUUUGAUUUCUCGCGAAGCCGAUUCACAUUCACUCACGACCUCUCUUGCCGCAGCCACCUUUGAGAGUAUACCUCUUGUGUUCAGUCAAUCCAGGCAGCAAUGGCUGACGACGAGGGCGCUUCGCCCCGUGAAUUGGUCGUGGAGGCAUGUCGGCGGGACCAGCAACACCUCAUCGAACAAGUACUCGACGGCAUGGCCGAGAAGACAAACGAGGAGGUAGCCGAGUUUUUCAACAGCGUCAAGGACGCCUUAGGGAAUUACGCACUGCACAUCUGCGCGACAUAUGGGAGCUAUGAUGUCAUGGACGCCCUCUUCGACAUCCAAUACUUUGAAUGCGACCCAGUCACACGCGUCGACCAAGACACCCCGCUGCACGUGGCCGUCCGAUAUGCGAAUGAGCAGGACUCAGAAUUGGGCCGGGAAAUGAUCUCGAUGAUGUGCGAGGCCGGCUGUGAUCCGCGCGUGCGCAACAAACACGGCCAGAAGCCAGUUGAUUUGGUAUACGGAGAUCACACAGAGAUCAAGUCUGUUCUGCAAAAGGCAGAGUACGUCUUGAAUGAGAACAUACAUGCGGAUGAAGAUGCGGAUGAAGGGGCUGGUAGUGCUAGCGAUAGCGAGUAGAGCAGGAAUUGGUUACUUUCAGAUAUAUAUUGCUUUAGCAACGGUAACGUGCUCUUACAUACAGUAUCAUGACUUUUACGAUUCUAGCCUAUUUUCUACUGGAUCCGGACACUACUGUGUGAGGUGUUUACUUAUUUACUAUGGAUGAAGAGGUUUCGUACAGGUGACGAUUAUCUCGAAUAGAUUUCAUUCUACUAUGAUCAAUUGGUACGCGGAGAAUCCGGAC